GAAACCACCAGAAGAAGAGAUGGAGGGAGGCAAGUCCUGAUGGAGUGACAGGAAAGUGAAGAAUCUGUUUAUCAACACACGGACGGACGUUCACUGGCAACUGUACAUCCUCAACCAUGGCCGCCAUCAGCAGCUCUAACACAGCCUUUGCCUUGGAGCUGUUCCGGACUCUGAGCCGUGCAAACCCAUCGGGGAAUGUGUUGGUGUCUCCGCUGAGCAUCAGUUCAGCUCUGGCUAUGGUCUACCUGGGAGCCCGAGGAGACACAGCUGAUCAAAUGGCCCAGGCCCUGUCAUUCCAACAUGGUGAAGCCGUCCACGCCGAAUUCAAGAAGCUGAUCGAAGACAUCAACUCACCAUCGAAAUCAUACAUUCUGAAAACAGCCAAUCGUCUGUAUGGGGAGAAAACAGCAAUGUUCCUCACUCGAUUCCUGGAAGCCACGCGUAAGUACUACCAGGCCGACCUGAAGACUGUGGAUUUCAUCGGGGCCUUGGAGGCGAGCAGAAAGGAGAUCAACACCUGGGUCGAGCAGCAGACAGACAACAAAAUAAAAGAUCUCCUGAAGACAGUCUUUGAUGGUACGAGGCUGGUCCUGGUCAAUGCCAUCUACUUGAAGGCAGUCUGGAUGAAUCGCUUUUAUAAAGCAAAAACCGAAGAGAUGCCCUUUAAAGUCAGCCAGACUGAGAGCAAACCAGUCCAGAUGAUGUUCCAGAUGAAGAAUCUGCCCUACAACUACAUCCCUGACCACGCUCUGCAGAUCCUGGAGCUGCCGUAUGUGGAGGAGGAGCUCAGCAUGUUCAUCCUGUUGCCUGAACAGUCCACAGACGGCUCCGACCCUCUGCUGAAGCUGGAGAAGGAGCUGACGCUGGAGAUGCUGGAUGAAUGGACCAACAGGGAAAACAUGGACGUCCAGUCAAAGAUCCUCAUUCACCUGCCAAAGUUCAAGCUGGAGGAAGAGUACCAGCUGAAGGAGCCUCUGUCCGAGCUGGGCAUGACAGACGUGUUCUCCCCAUCACAGGCCGACCUGUCUGGCAUGAACGGCGGAAGUGAUCUCUUUGUGUCUGAGGUGGUUCACAAGGCCUUCAUGGAGGUGAACGAGGAUGGCAUAGAGGCGGCUGUGGCAGCAGGCAUCUCAGUUGCUAACUGUAUGCCGAUGGGGGAACCCUUCACAGCAGACCACCCCUUCCUCUUCUUCAUCAGGCACAAUAACACCAAGUCCAUCCUCUUCCUCGGCAGGUUCUCGUCUCCUCAGUAGACAGAACCAGGAGAGGAAGAUAUUCAAAUGGAAGCUUAAUCCCUUAAAUCUUGGCUUUAUUUUUUGGGCUUUAUGCUAAUUAGCUUGGUUUUGUCUUCUGUUUUGCACUGAAAUUAAAGAGGAAGAUUUUAAUUAAUGAAAAUGGCUUAAUCCUUUAAAUUUGGGCUUAAUUUUCUGAGAGUUAUGCUAAUUAGCUCGGUUUUUCUUUUUCUUUUUGUACUGAAAUUAAAGAGGAAGAUAUUAAUUAAUAAAGAAUAGUUUUGAUCCAACAAUGAUUUGUGUGUUGAUUUUGGAAAGACAAUUUCUGGAGGUUGUGUUUCACAUGUGAAGAAGCAGCAGGAGAUCGUCCGGGUCAGACUCGUUCACAACGCUAGAAGCUGUCCAACAUUGAAUAUGGUUAAAAUGGUUCUAAUAAGUAAGAUAUUAAUGUGCAGUAUAAUUCCUGUUGUAAAAGAAUAAUGUCACAAAUAAACCAAAGAUAAACCAAAGAAAGAAUAAUGAUGAUCAAGUGAACCAGCUUAGUUUGUAAUCAGAAAGUAUUCAUGCAGUUUAUAGCAGAAUUAAAAACUGAAAAGCAAUAGUAUAAAUUGCACUAAAGCCCACUUCAGAAAAAGGUGGCCAGAAUGUUUCUGAGCUGUUUGUUAUUCACCACUGUGUCACUCUCCAUUGUUUUAUGACCUGAAAAUACACAUUAAAACAAAGAAGAAGACAAAA